GCGCGGAUUUUGCAUCUGGUUAUUAUUUGCAAUUCCCCUUUCUUCCUCCCCGCCGCCCCCCGCACCCGCCCGCCUGGCUGCUGCGUGCCCGCUGCGCCCCGAGCCGCCCCCCUUGCAGGCGUUUUGUGCGCGGCGCCCGGCUGCAGGGCUCGGCCGCUGGGUGGUUUUUUUUUGUUGCAUGCAGGGAACCGCUUGCAGGCUUUGACACACGCUUGUGAGGGCAGGCAGGGCGGUGUGGCAUGCCUGUCGCUGCGCGCGGCUUUGUUGCACGCCUGCCUGGAUUCACACCCCCCCAUGCCUAUUUAUCUUCUCUCUUUGCCUCUGCAGGGGCGCAUGGAGUAUCUGGUGAAAUGGAAGGGCUGGUCUCAGAAGUACAGCACCUGGGAGCCCGAGGAGAACAUCCUGGACGCCCGGCUGCUUGCAGCCUUUGAGGAAAGGGAGCGAGAAAUGGAGCUCUACGGGCCCAAAAAGCGAGGCCCCAAACCCAAAACCUUCUUGUUGAAGGCCCAGGCAAAAGCAAAAGCCAAAACCUACGAAUUUCGCAGCGACUCUGCCAGGGGGAUCCGGGUGCCGUAUCCUGGCCGGUCCCCCCAGGAGCUGGCCUCCACCUCCCGGGCUAGGGAAGGACUGAGAAACAUAGGCCUGCCUCCCCAGAGCACAAGUACCAGCACCAGCACCGGUACCAGUACCAGCACCCCCAAGAUGGAGUGCAUCCGGGACCGAGUGGUUAGAGUAGAAGAGAAACCUGGCGAGACCCCCAAAAAGAGAGGCCCGAAGCCGAGGAAAGAGCUUUAUCCAGUGGAGAGCCUGGAUCCCACCAAGCGGAAAUCCGGGGAGCCAGGGGACAAGGUGGGAGACUACCUCAAAGCCAGGAAAAUGGAGGAGGCCGUUCCCGGAGCAGCCAAGUUCGGGUCGGGACACAGCGUGAUACAGCUAGCCAGGAGGCAGGAGCCCGAGCUGUCCGGCACCAUGGCCAGCCCCGGCCGAGCCGAGGUCGGGAUGAAGCUUGGAGCCUCCGAGAUGUACCCUCCCCGGGUCGCCAAGCAUAGGGCAGACUUUCUGGACCCCAAGGGGCAAGGCGGGUUGGACCCCGGCGGGCCAAAGAUCCUGCACGGCUCGGCCAACCAGAGCUCUGUGGGCAGCUUGUACCGAGACAGUGUGGGGGCCCAAGCUGGCCGGCCGUCCCUCAUCGCGAGGAUCCCCGUGUCCAGAAUUCUGGGGGACCCCGAAGAGGAGACCUGGAGCCCUUCUCUCAACAACCUGGAGAAGGUGGUGGUGACUGAUGUGACCUCGAACUUUUUAACCGUCACGAUAAAGGAGAGCAGUACGGACCAAGGAUUCUUUAAGGAAAAGCGAUGACUCUUCCCCGGCUUGUUCCAGGAAGACUGAAAGUUUGGGCAAAGCUUUGGUGGCUUUUUUCUUUUUUUCUUUUCUUUUUUCUUUUUUCCCCCCCGGACGUCCUCAAUUCAUUAACUCAUUUUCUCUCUCCCUUUCUCUUCUUUCUUUUUUCUUUUUUUUUCCUUCCAGUUUUGUUUUGUUGGAAAGAUUAUCUCUAGAGUUAUAUUUUCUAUUAGAUGUAAAUAUGUUAUUUAAGAAGAAAUACCAAUAUAUAUAUAUAUAAAUAUAUAAAUAUCUAUCUAUAUAUAUAUAUUUCAACUCUAAGUUGUUUUAUUUAAAUGGAGAUGAACAGUGAUUGCUCAGUUGCUUUUAGAAAGGACAAUAAAACUGAGGACUCAUGAGUUCAUGCCUGUCUUGCAGGAGACAGUGUAUAUAAUGAAUGAUGUUCAUAGCUAAUUAUGUUUUUGGAGUUGGUUUUGUUUUUUUUUUUUAAUUAUGUGGGUUUUCUUUUUCCCAUACAAUGCUAUGGAUGGUGAAUGGGGAAAUGGGCCCAAUGCCCUGAUUCCUGGAUUGUGAUAUAAGGUGUUGCUUGUACAAUCAAGUGUGCUGUAUCCAGAACUGUCGCCCUAGGCAGUUGAAGUAAGCACUUGAACUUACAGUAUUGUCGGGUUUUUUUUGUUUGUUUGUUUCAUUUUUCCUAUUAAAAAAAAAAAAAUAAGUCAGGAAAAAAAAAGCAGAAGUCCAUUAAAAAGCUAAAAAAGUUGUUCUAGCAAAGACGUAUUAACUUGAAUGACCUUUUCUUGCAAACGAAGAGGAGGUGCGUGUGUUGGAUGCCUGAAAGGAGUGAUACUGAAAUGCACUUUAAUAGAAUUGCCGUAGAAGUUAUGGGAGACAGAACUGAGCUGAGAAUCUGUUUUCAUUUCGUCUGGUUGCUUGAUACUUUCCCCCACCCACUUUAAAAAAAAAAAAAAAAAAAAAAGCUGUUUACAUUCCUGAAAUGCCAGAAAAGUUUGGGAGGAGAGCGUGUCACUGCCCAUAUUUAGAUGCUCCUACUGGGAUAGAAAGUGGGUUUUUUCCAGACCGCAGCUCCCUUUGGGCUGCCGGAAGACCCCGCAGCAGAGCUGUAUCACAGACGCGUCUGUCUGACGAGUCCCAGCGUCACCUUACAGGUCCGGAAAAAAUCCUUCCCCCUCCCUUAUGCCACUUGCAGCAGAACGGAGGAGCCGGUUCUUGCCGCGUGCCCGUGUACCUUGUCGGUGUGGGCCUUUGUCGUGGGCGUAGGCAGGAGCGUGGUGCGGGUUUCACGGCCUGAGCAAAACGCCCCGGCUUCCUUCUGCUGGGGCAGGCCGGGGCCUUCUGCUCCCUUGCCGCAAGCCUGCCCCAGAGGAGGAUGCUGGGAGCGGUGGUGUUUUGCCUUUGCUAGCGGGGGGAGCUGGGUUGCGGGAGAGCAGGUGCUCGGUGUUGAUGGAAGCGUCUCGGUUGAUUCUAAAGCACAAAUCUGUCCGGCAGCCCCCAGGGCCGGGGCGGGAGAGAGGCCUUUUCCGUCUCCCUUGGUAGGCCCGGGGAGGCCCUGAAACGCUUUCCAAGUGAGGGGCUGCACAGAAGAUGAAAGCACAGGGGCGCAGUGGGAAGCAGGGGGGUGCAGAGCAACUCAGCCGGGUGUUUUUUUUCCUCUGGCCUCCUCCGCCCCCUGCCCCUUCCAGCAGCUGGGGCUUUUUCCCCUCCUCGGAGAAAACGAACUGGAGGACUCUGGUUUUGUCUGUACAGAGGGACCCGCUCAGGCGGUUUGGGUUUGUUUGGGGUUUUCUUUUCCUUUUUCUUUUCUUUGAAAACAUUCUAUUUUGUAUAAUCGAGAUUUUUAAGAAAACCGUGUUUGUACAAAGAAGUGAAGCGCGCCGCCAGCCGCGUGGCGGCUGCGCCGGCACAGGACAUGUAUGUUGCCACAUGUAUGCUAACGAGGCAUGUUGCUGCCCUUCCUCCACCCUUCAUCCCACCGACA